GCGACAUUCUGCUGUACGUCGUACCACAAAAUGCACCUCGUAUUACUGAUGAAGUCUUUUUUUAAGUUCAAAGUUAAAAUCGCGCGCCUAGUUACUUCACGCAGGACCAUCACCUUCAAGCCACCAAAAUCCCCAACUCCUAAAUGUCAAACUUGUCACAAUAAAUAAACAACACAGUUGUGCAAUAAUUUGUUAUGGAGGUUGUAGCAAAUAAUUAUCUGCCAGGCGACCAACGUCUAAUCGACAAAAUCGUCUACGAAUUAAAAGCCCAAGGGAUUUUCGACCAAUUUCGCAAAGAGUGCUUCGCAGACGUUGACACAAAACCAGCUUACCAAAAUCUGCGACAAAGAGUCGAAGGUAGCGUUUCUGGUUUCCUGAGGGAGCAAUCCUGGAGACCUGACAUGAACAAGAACCAAGUGCGAGAGAUGUUACGUAAAACCAUCACAGAGUCUGGCUUCCUCGAAACGGGGGUGGAACGUAUCGUUGAUCAGGUUGUCAAUCCGAAAAUCAAUUCGGUUUUUUUGCCCAAAGUGGAAGAGAUUGUUUAUAGUUAUCUAGGGAUUAAGAAGCCUAGUCGGAAUGAAGUGGUGAAGCACGAGCAUAUUGAUUUGUUACCAAAUGAUUUGGAGGCGGUGUCGCCGGAAUCAGAGCCCGUUGAUAAGAAGGACGAUAAAAGCACGGAUACGUUUCAAGAUUUGGAUGAAAGUAAAACGGAAGAGGAUGAGUCUCCUCCGUUUGAACCGUUAGAGGAACAGUCGGUGUAUGUUCCACAUGAAGAGAACUCGGUUGAUUCACACUUGUCAGGAUUCUCAGGUCUAAUUAGCCACGAGUCCAAUCAAAGUAACGAGAACAAAGUUACCCCCAUGGAACAAGACUCCCAAAUGUCCCGUAACAGUUCCGAUAGUCGUCUUUCAAUCGUAACCUCAGACGAAAACUCAAAAAUGGAAGUCUGCGAAGAUUCGCAGUCAAAAUCUGUGAAAUCGAACGAUUCCAACAGCAAACACGACAGUGACAAAAACAAACAGAAAUCUUCAGAGCGACAUAAAUCCAGGAGCGAAAGCAAAUCCGAUAGAGACCGAAAAAGCAGCAAAGACUCCAAAUCGACACAUAGCAGUUCUUCCAAGGAAAAAGAUAAAAGUCGUGAUAGAAAAGAUUCGAAAAGUACAAGCAAUAUUAGUAAAAAUGACAAAGAUAAAGACAAACCCCGCGACAAAAAUGACAAAGAUCGCAAAACUUUGAGUGGCACUAAUAGCAAACAUAGCUCACACAGCAGCAACAGCAGUAGUAGUAGUAGCAAGGACAAAAACGGGAAAAAAGAGUCACGAUCGGACAAAGAUCGCGACAAGAGUCGACCCAGCAGUAGCCACAAAGAUUCCAAAUCCAGAGAUAAAUCCAGCGAUUCCCGCUCGAAAGAAAAGUCUUCUGAUAAACACAAACACUCGUCUUCGCACAGCGACAGACACAAAAGAGACAAAGACAAUAAAGACAAGAAGAAAGAUAAACCGAAAGACGACCACUACAGUUCCAGAGACAAGAAAAACGAUCGCAGGUCGACCGAUCGCGAUUCGAACGAUGGUCAAUCAAGCCGGCAAAACUCGACCAAUUUGGGUGAAAGCCAUAGUUCUCAGAACCACAAGGGGUCUCAAGAUUCCAACUCUGGAGGCGGCGAUUCCGGGAAUUCCGACCAAAGCGACAAUACGACUAAAGCUCCAAUUAAUAUAAGUCAAGAGGUGGAAAGUUCGGAAGUGACUAUUUCGGCACCAGACACUCAAAAAGUGAAGGUUUUCAAACCCAAAUGCGCUUCGAACAUGCAGGAAGCGUUACGUUUGAGAAAAAUUAGAAAGCAGUUGGCCAGAUUGGAAAAGCAGAAUCAGUUGAGUCUGGCGAGUGUUGAUGUCAAUUCUUCUAUAUUGUUGUCGGCGAGUAUCAAUUUGGACGACUUGAACCAGAAUUGUAUCAGUGAUGAGAAAAUCAAGCAGGAGUCUUUGAAUAGUAAGAUGGUGGCGGAGCUGGAGGUGGUGCCGUCGCCUCUGCAGAAUACCGUAAUCAGUCAGGAUAAUUGGGAUGCCAUGGAGGCGAAGUUGCGAGAGGAAGUGUGUUCGGAGUUUAAAGAGUACAACGAUGAUAGUCUUGAUGACAGUGUAGAAGAAGCACAGGUGGUAGCGGUGGACGAGAAAACGAAAGAGGAAGAAAACACGGAAGAACCACCGUGUAAAUAUUUUGAUAGUGUUGAUAUCAAACAAAUUGAGUUUUUGCAAUUUGUUGAAAAGUUGAUUAAAGAAAUUGAGAAGGAGAGGGCGAAGCGUAAACGAAAGGUGGAUGAUAACGACUGGAAGAACAAUAAUAACAACAAGCAAGUCGUACCUGAGAAGAAGGCGAAAGUCGUGAGGAGGAUUAAAGAAAAGAUUAAUAAUCAUUCAGCAAACGAGAAAUUUCCGUUGCCUUUGAGUCCCGCAGAAAGCGAUAAGUCUGUAGGGAAAAAGGAAGACCCCGUUGUCACUCCUCUCAAAGUUAAACGCAACAGCAUGAAUAAAGCAAACAACCAGAGAUACUCGAGCGACGACCUGUACAAACCACGCCCAACUUUCGCCAGUUCUAGACGUAGAGGUGCCAAAAAUUUGGAAAACUGACUAAGGUUUUAUUGUUUUCGUCGUAGCGUUAGUGUAAAUAAGUCAAUAUUUUUAUAUCUACAGAUGUUUGAUAUUAAUUAAAGUACAACAGCUUUAUUGAUAUAUUUUUGAAAUACAAGUACUACACUAAUCACGUGA